CCUCCUCCACUCUCUCGUGCUUCUCUAUCUUUGAUUCCCCCUCUAGGGUUUGUCGCAUCGUUGGUGAACAUGAACUCCCUCUUCACGAUCGCCGUCUUCGUGGGCCUCUCCCUCACCAUCCUGGGCCAAUGCAACCUCGAGAACCGCUCUUUCUGCGACACCGAUGUCGACAUACCCAAGAAGGUCAUCGUCUUAGAAGUGGUAUUGUUUAGCUUCUUCCUCUUCUCAUCGCUGGUGGCACAGGGGCUGAAGCUGACGCUGAAUCUGCUCCACAGCAAGGACGUCGACAAGGCCUUCCAGGCCCACAUCAACCUCAAGGCCCUAAGGCUUGCAUGGGAGGACUUCCUAUGUAUGUUUCCACGCGUGGUUUGUAUUGUAUGAAGCCCCCUACGAUUAUUGUGCCAAUUUCAGUAAAGGAGGAUGCAGAGAAGCUUUUUGAGAUUCACAGGAAAAUGGUUCAAUCAGAACUUAAGCACAACCUGAUUGGCUUGGAUGUAGGUAAUUACACAGUUAAACUUUGUGUCUUUCUGCUCAUGUGCCCUUUUGUUUC